UUAGCUUCCAUUAAGAAUUUAAAUGAAACUUGUAAGUUCAUUCCAUUACUUUGUGAAAACUUUAAAUUUCAUUUAACAAACCAAUAGAAGAUAGAAUUUAAUUCUGAGUUAACAUAUUAGUUUCUUGCCAUUUAAUUAAUUAUAAAUAGAAGGCGCCUGUAGAAAAUUCAGCUUUCCCAAGUUCCCAGCCACAGUCAACAGUAAUUUCUAGUCAAAAAUUAGAUUCAUAAAACUUAAUUAUGAGCAAAAAUAAAUAUAUUAUAACACGGUAUUAUUCUUUUAUUAAAAAAGAUCGUGCAUAAAUAAGGUCUGCCUUCAUCAUAGAUCCAACCGACAUUCGUCCACACUCCACCCUAUACAUUCCAAAAAUGCGCUUCAUUCUUGGCGGGUAAAUAAAUUUUCAAAUUUUGGCGAAAAAAGCUUUUCCGUAAGCAACCAUACAUCGAUUCCCCCAUUUCCAUCACUACCGGAUUGAAAUCCGUCCUCCAGUGCUGCUUCCCCCCACUGCUCCCCCCUUUCAACUUCAAAUGGGGGGUUCAAGCGUCCUCCGGUUAACGAUUCUCCUUUAAUUUUACUAUUCGGUAUUUGUAACCUAUGCAUUCUCCAAUUUAUGACAGAAUCUCAAAAUAUAAGAAUGAAUGUGAACUUUAAUUUGUAUUAUAUCUAUGUCUUCCUCCUUGUCAUAAAUCAUUAAAAAGAUUAAAUUCCCCAUUCCCGUUAGCUUGCCAUCGAUAAAUUUCAUGUGAUUUUGAUUAUAGUUAAAUUUCACUUUCACGUGCAAUAUCUGCUCCAUACCUUGCUUUGUUGACUAUUUUCAAUUAAGUUAAAAUGGAAUCGGAUAAUGAAAGAGAACCUUUAAUUACUUCUGUUAAUUCAAAUGUUUCAUACAGCACUCAGCAGCAACAAGAUUUUUAUGCAAGUAGAGAUGUAAGUUCACUAUACGGAUCUACCACAGUAAAUAAAUAUAGACAACUUUUGUCAGGAAUCGUGGUUUUGAUAUUCGUUCUGUUGGAACGAAUCGCAUAUUAUUCAUUAACAGGAAACCUUUACCUAUUCUUGAACCAGAAUGAUUUUCAUUGGAUGUAUUAUAAUGCCAUUAGUGCACUGCUUAUUUUCACUGGUACAUCUUACUUGGCAUCGUUAUUUGGUGGCUGGCUAUCGGAUGCGUAUUUAGGACGAUUUAAAACCAUUGCUUUGGCAUUUAUUGUUUACUCAGUUGCAUAUUGGUUUUUACCAUAUAUGAUUGAAGUAUGUCAUAUUUGUACCACAUGCCCUAUACCUAUUAUCAAUUCUACUUCACUGCAUGACGUUCCAUUAUUCAGUGAAAAUUGUAGUUCGAUUAUUAUGCUAGUUUUGAUUGUUAUUGCCUUGGGAACUGGAACUGUAAAAGCUAAUAUUACACCUUUUGGAGCUGAACAAGUUCGCUAUAGUGGUCCAGAUGGCUUGCGUAUAUACCUUAAUUGGCUGUAUUGGUGCGUUAAUAUUGGUGCCUUGACUGCUAUAUUAGGAAUCACUUAUGUUCAACAAGCUGAUGGUUUCAAAAAAGGCUACUUAAUACCUGUAUGUUUGCUCACUGCUGCCAGUGUAUUAUUUCUGCUGUCUUAUUCUUUGUACACUCAUCAGUUCACGUAUGGAAGUUCUAUUUCUCGGAUACUUUCCGUUUUAAAAGAGGCAUGGAAACGUAAUCGUGUAUACAGGAAUACAAGAAGUUUGACACCAGAAACUAGUUUGGCUGCUAUGAACAGACCAUCAUGGCUAGAUAUGGCCAAAGUUAGAUAUGGUGGCAAAUUCCAUGAAUCAGUUGUUGAGGACGUAAAAGCAUUAUCUGCCAUUAUUAUAGUUUUUAUCAUACUCAUACCUUAUUGGAUGUUGUAUUUUCAGAUGCAAACUACUUUCUUGGCUCAAGGUUUGCAGAUGCGUUUAAGUCUUGAACCAGUUAAUUCAACAAAUCAUGAAGAAGCUAAUACUGAGUUCUCAGUGCCUGCAGCAUGGCUUAUGCUGUUUAAUGUUUUGUUUCUAAUCAUUUUCAUACCUCUUAUGAAUCAUGUGGUAUACCCCUUCUUGGAUAAGCGUGAAAUUCAGAUUAGCAUACUGGCUAGGAUGGCAAUUGGUAUGGCUUGCGCUACACUGUCUAUGAUAAUGGCAGGAUGUUUAGAGAUGUGCCGGCUUCAUUUUAUCGAUGAAGGUCGCAUAGUCAACCAAACCAUUGAACAUACAGUGUAUGUUGCAGCAGAUUUACCAAUUCUUUGGCAGAUACCGCAAUACUCUCUCAUUGGUAUUAGUGAAGUAUUCACAAGUGUUAGUGGGAUGGAAUUUGCUGUUUCUCAAGCACCUAGUACCAUGCAAGGUGCAGUCAUGGGCCUUUAUUAUUUCUGUACAGGAAUCGGUAGUUUUAUUGGUGUAGCAGCAUUCAGAUCAUUUGAAAUGAUUGAAGGUACGAUCAUUGGUUAUAAUUCAAGUGAUAUAAACAAGGGAAAACUCUUUUAUUAUUUCUUUUUCCUUGCUGCAAUACAAUUUAUUACACUUGUUAUAUUUUACUUAACCAUGGAGAAAUUAAAAAUUCGACGUGUGCCAUCUCCAAAUCUGUCAGCAACAAGACUUUUAGGAAGUAGUUCAUCAAGAUUACGUACAACUUGAAAGUUUAUGAUUUUUCUUUUCUGUGUAAAAUAUUUCGCUCUGACAUCUACUAUAGUUUUAUGUCAAUACUUAUUGUUCAAACUAUGAACUUUCUUGAAAGUAUUCUGUUAUAAGACUAAACACAUUUUUUAACCUUCAGUUUGUCAUAGCUUAUUUUUGUGAUAAGACCAAUGUCAUAAUGAUUGGUUGGCUGUGUGAUAUUUCUGUUGUUUGUGUUAUGCAAGAAAUUAUUCUUAGUAUUAGUUUGUUUGUUUUUUCACCUUCUUUAAUGAUAUUUUAUACUUUUCUAUAGUUGUUUUCAAAUGUAUUUACUUUUCUGAGAUUACCAAGUAAGAAUUUUCAUUAUCUUUUUUUUUUUUUUUUUUUUUUUUUUGAUAUUUAAAAUUUUUACUAAUUAUUUUUCUGUUCACAGGGAAAAAAUAUAAUACUUUGAUCUAAUAUUUAGGCACUUAUAAAUUUCAAUGCUUUUCAUUGGACUUUUCUCUCCAAAUAUGUAUAUUUUUUAAAUAUUCAUUUUAUAAACUUGCCUUAUUUGACCUUAAAAAAAAUUUUCAGUUAAUGAUUUUCUCAAUUCAUUUAAGCUACCUUUUGUACCCAAAUAUUUCUAAAAGUCGUUUUUUUGUAUAUAUAUUUAAAUCAGUAUUGGUAGCCUACCAUGGAGUGAUUAAAAUGGUUAAUAAUUUGAAAUCGGCCUUCUUUUAUGAAUUAUUAGUUCUUAAACACAUGGAAAACAUCCUAUUUGGAAUGAAUUGAAAUUUUAUGUUGUGAAAUUUUUGGUGAAAUCACGAUUUAAAAAAUUGUCCUUUAGAACUCUUCAUAAAAAGAAAGUCAUAAUAUAUAUAAUCAGAUAAAAAUAUUACAAAAUAAAUGGGAUUUGAUCAUAUAUUAAUUUAUAUUAUACUGUCUACUUCAUUAAAGUAAUCAUUAGGAGCUGUGUUUUAAUUUUCAACUGAAAAAGCUUUAUUUUUUAGAAACUAAAAUUCUUAAAGUUUUAAAACUAAAAUGAUUGAAUAUUUUCAUGAAGCUGUUUGUUUCAGUGGGGGAAAAAAAUCUUGGUAUAAAAGUAUUUACACUAAGGCAGUAUUAAAAGCAUUGUAAGUUUGUUUUUCAUGGAAAUGUAUUUUAAAUAUGUGCAAAUAAUAAAGUGAGAGCCAUAUUGAAUGCAUUAACUUUUUUAUAGACAUAAGCAAACUUUUUCGGACCCAAACAACUUUAUAUUAAUUUAAUAUAUAUAUAUAUAUAUAUAAUAAUGUUGCAAAUUGUUAACAUGUUUAAUAAGUUUAUAAUCGUAAUAUUUAAAGAUUUUUUUUUUCCCUCUUAUUGAAGACAGUCCUUUUAGUAGAAGACACAUCAAAUUUAAUGCAGCAUUUAAUCGAUGCCAAGAGAAAAUUAGCAUGAAAUAUGUUAGUAAAAAAUAUUAGUCAGAGAAAUAUUUCAGUGUCAUCUUCAUUAAUACUAAUUUAUUUUUUUAAAAAUUGCAUUUAAAACUGAUAUUGUUGAUUUAAUUUGUUGGUACAUGGAGUAUUUUGUAAAAACAAUAAGAGUUCAUCGUACUUUGAAUGAUGAGUUAAGUUAGUGAACUUAGACAAAAGUAAUAUAAAUAUAUGGCUAAAUUCAGACCCUAGUAUCUAUCUUAUGAGAGAGGGAAUGAUCCAAAUCAAUGUUAUUUAAAUUAUUAGUAAAAAGGUAUCUUAGCAAAAUCAGUUAAAAUAGCAAAGGAGGUGUUUUUUUUCCUCCCCAAUUUGAUUUUUUAUUUUUCCUUGCAGAUCAGUAUAUCUUGUAAUGCUUUAUUUGUAUAAAUGAAUUCUUCCAUUUGUAUUUUUUGCAGAUAUAUCAAGUUCUAUCAUAUUUUAAAACUUCUGCAUUUCAUUCAAUUUCUAUUCAAAGUAAUUUCACAUUUGUAAAUAUAUUUAUAAUUUGGAAGAAAUAAACGAUUUUCUUGUUACCUUUUAUGGUAUUAAUUGUAAUAAAUGGUUAGAAAUUCUACGAGAGAUUCUUAAAAUUUUUAGAAGGAUCUCAUUUUGUAUAAACUGUUAGCUUUAUAAACACUCAUAAAUUAUACUCAGUAUAGAUUUGUUUGAAUAAUUUUUUUAUUUAUGAUUGCAAACUGUUUGUAAAUACUAAAUUAUUUUUUUCUUUCUUUUUUAUUUUAUUCAUAAUAUGGUUUUCAUGGUUUUUCCAUUUUUUAUGGUGGUUUAGUACAAAUUUUAUAACAUGACUAAUUCUUCUAUUGGUUUUGUGAUUAAAAAAAAAACCAAAAAAUUAUUUUGUGAUAUCAUUUAUAUAGAAGCAUUAUAACAAAAUGUCGAUUAUAAAGCAAACCAUGAAAUUCUAAGAUUGCUUUCUGUACAUAAUUUUUGUUCAGUUAUUAUUUG